CAUUCAUCGAGUAUCUUUUUAAACGUCCCCUCCGCACAUAAUCGAAAACCUAGCUCCUCUUCUUCCUCUCUCGCUUGUUCACCCAAACUGCUCCAUUCCGCUUUACGAACUCAGCUUUCUCGUCUUAACGAGUGUAGUUUGAAAUGGGUGAAGUGAAGGAUAACGAAGCAUACGAGGAGGAGCUGAUCGACUAUGAGGAAGAAGACGAGAAAGCCCCCGACUCUGUGACUGCAAAACCGGCUGCUGAUACCGUUAAGAAGGGCUAUGUUGGAAUUCACAGUUCGGGAUUCAGAGACUUCCUGUUGAAACCAGAGCUUCUACGAGCUAUCAUUGAUUCGGGAUUUGAACAUCCAUCGGAAGUGCAACAUGAAUGCAUUCCUCAAGCUAUCUUAGGAAUGGAUGUAAUUUGCCAAGCAAAAUCUGGAAUGGGGAAAACAGCUGUCUUUGUCCUGUCGACUCUGCAGCAGAUUGAGCCUGUAUCUGGUCAAGUUGCAGCCCUUGUGCUUUGCCAUACAAGAGAAUUAGCUUACCAGAUAUGCCAUGAAUUUGAGCGGUUCAGUACUUAUCUACCGGAUAUCAGGGUGGCUGUAUUCUACGGUGGUGUAAAUAUCAAGAUUCAUAAGGAGUUGCUCAAAAAUGAAUGUCCUCACAUUGUUGUUGGAACACCUGGAAGAAUAUUGACUUUGGCAAGAGAAAAAGAUCUUCCAUUGAAGAAUGUCAGGCAUUUUGUACUAGACGAAUGUGACAAGAUGCUUGAAGCACUAGAUAUGAGGAAAGACGUGCAGACGAUUUUCAAGAUGACCCCUCAUGAUAAACAAGUUAUGAUGUUUUCGGCAACACUCAGCAAGGAAAUUCGACCUGUUUGCAAGAAGUUUAUGCAAGAUCCAAUGGAGAUUUACGUAGAUGACGAGGCCAAGUUGACUCUCCAUGGUCUUGUACAGCACUACAUUAAGUUGACUGAGCUAGAGAAAAAUCGCAAGUUGAAUGACCUUCUUGAUGCCUUGGACUUCAACCAAAUUGUCAUUUUUGUCAAAAGUGUGAGCCGAGCGGCUGAGCUGAAUAAGUUACUGGUGGAGUGUAAUUUCCCCUCAAUUUGCAUUCAUUCUGGAAUGUCCCAGGAAGAAAGGUUAACACGGUAUAAGGCCUUCAAGGAGGGGCAUAAACGAAUCCUUGUGGCAACGGAUUUGGUUGGUAGGGGGAUUGAUAUUGAGCGUGUCAACAUUGUUAUCAACUAUGACAUGCCUGAUUCCGCUGAUACCUACUUACACAGGGUGGGAAGAGCUGGUAGGUUUGGCACCAAGGGGCUUGCUAUAACUUUUGUCUCAUCUUCAUCUGACUCUGAUGUUCUUAAUCAGGUUCAGGCAAGGUUUGAGGUGGAUAUAAAGGAGCUUCCAGAGCAAAUUGAUACUUCCUCAUACAUGCCGUCAUAGCAUAGUCAAAUGCUGCAGCUGGCCUGCUACCUGAAUCAUCACCACAUCGGGGAAUUUUGCACUAUCUGUAUUACAGUUUGUAGACCAAAAAUGAACCUUUUGGAUUUGGCAUAUGGAGAUAUGAUUUCCAGUUAAUCGACAACUGCUGUUUUUCUAGGGUGUCAUGUUCACUUCAGACGUUAUUUCAAAUUCAGAUUUUGUUAAAUGUUAAAAGGAAUGUAAUCUGCUUCUAACGUUGAUGUGCUUGAGUUUUGUGACCAUACAAGAGACAUUUAUCUUUGGAAAUUGGGAGGUGGAAGUUAUUGAACAUGGACUGCAACGGGAGCAGCGUCAAAUUUGGGCGAUAGAAAUAGCAUAAUUGAUUGGUAGUAGCUCCUAA